AUACGUAGCCACAGCCAAAAAACUACGAUGGUUCUCAUCAAGGAAUACCGUGUGGUCUUACCCUGUACAGUGGAGGAGUAUCAAGUGGGUCAGUUGUACUCCGUAGCAGAGGCCAGUAAGAAUGAGACGGGUGGAGGAGAGGGCAUUGAGGUCCUUAAGAAUGAACCCUAUGAGAAGGAGGGCGAGAAAGGACAGUACACACACAAAAUCUACCAUCUGAAGAGUAAAGUCCCAGCGUUUGUCAAGAUGAUAGCUCCUGAGGGCUCCCUGGUCUUCCAUGAAAAGGCCUGGAAUGCUUACCCUUACUGCCGAACCAUUGUAACGAAUGAGUAUAUGAAAGACGACUUCAUCGUUAAGAUUGAGACAUGGCACAAACCUGACCUUGGCACAGUAGAAAACGUGCACAAGCUGGACGUGCCCACAUGGAAGAGUGUGGAGGUGGUUCCCAUUGACAUCGCAGAUGGGGAACAAGUGGCCCCUGCUGACUACAAGGCAGAUGAGGACCCUGCUCUGUUCAAGUCAGCUAAGACUGGUAGAGGACCCCUUGGACCCAACUGGAAGAAGGAGCUGGUUAGUAAGGCUGACUGCCCGAGGAUGUGUGCCUACAAACUGGUCACUGUCAAGUUCAAGUGGUGGGGCCUGCAGAACAAGGUGGAGAGCUUUAUUCACAAGCAAGAGAAGCGCAUCUUCACUAACUUCCAUCGCCAGCUGUUCUGUUGGAUCGACAAGUGGGUGGAGCUGACUAUGGAGGACAUCAGGAGGAUGGAGGCGGAGACCCAGAAGGAGCUGGAGGAGAUGCGUAGGAAGGGCUCUGUUCGAGGCACGAAGGCUUCAGACGAGUAGCUGCUCCAGGUGUAGGUCUGAGGAAGGCUGUCUUCGCAAACAAGGUCAAGUUCGGGGAACCAGUGCUGCCGAUGCCGAAUGAGAUGGAGGGUUUUAAACAGCGAUGAAGAGUAAAGUUGAUGAUGAAGAAUUUCGACGUGUGCUCCCUGCGUGCCACCUUUUACCUUACUGAUUCAGGAUGUGGAGGACGAGGGCUCCAAUCGAUCAAUAGACCAGCACCCUGACCUACCUGCAUCCAAUUAUAGACAUUCUAUCCACAGAAUAAUUGAUUUGUAGAAAGUGACACGAUCAUAGCUUUUAAUUUUGAUCUCCUGGGCUAAAGACGUUAUCAAGAAGCAAUGACCUCAGUAAAGCCAGCUACCACCA